AUAACUCUUACCCAGCCUCUGGCCUUGCAGCCUUGAGCUCAUUUCUAUUAAAAAGCUAAUGAGUUAUUUGGGGGAGGGACGAGUCUCGGUGUGCUGGCUUUCCUGAAUGACAGGGGCGAUUGCUAAACUUGGACUGGAGGCGUCCAGAACCUCCUGUCAGCUGUUGCGCACAUUCCGGUUAAGGCGCAUAAUCCAGAACCGCCGCCUUGGGGAAGCCCACUAUAUAAAAGCCGACAAACUGCAGCUGGUGUUUUCAGAAAACGCUUUGAGUGCAAAAGAAAAGCACCACUGGACUUUAAGUAGCACAUGUAAAUAAACCGGUAGAAUAGGAGAAGUGAAUGUUUAUACUGAACAUUUCUGGAAAAGCAAGGUGGUAUUCAACAGUUUGUGAUCUCAACUGAAAACCUUAUUUGAUGUAAUAUUUCGUUAAGGUUGUGGUAGUGUAGAAAAAGCAAAGAAAACAAAAGUAGUUACGUUUGCCCUUCAUUGUCCAGGCGAAUUACACAAUGGCGGACGGAGAGUUCUACCCCUUGGGCAACAGGCAGAGGAUCUCGCGGGACCCGUUUAGAGAUCAGUCACUCGCUUCUCGGUUUAUGGAUGACGACUUUGGAAUGGCACCUUUUUCCGAAGACCUGUCAAUGGACUGGCCAGGCUGGGCACGACCCAGGCUAAGCACCCGAUUGGGCUCCCCCUGGACCGGCUCCUUGCGGUCGGGGUUCCCUCGCUCGUCCAGGAGUGGUAGCCCCGGUCCUUCGUUCAGCUCGAUGUACAGCGAGCCCCGUGGUUCGCCCGUCUCUGUCCCGGGAGAGCCAUGGAAAGUUUGCGUGAAUGUGCACAGCUUCAAACCAGAAGAGAUUAACGUUAAAACUAAAGACGGAUUUGUAGAAGUUUCCGGAAAACACGAGGAAAAGCAAGAAGAGGGGAGCAUCGUGACAAAAAACUUCACCAAGAAGAUCCAAAUACCGUCAGAUGUUGACCCCGUCAGCGUCUUCGCCUCCUUGUCUCCUGAGGGGGUCCUCAUAAUCGAGGCGCACCAGACGCCCCCUUACUACCUUUUCAGCAGCGAGCCACCCAAAGAGAAGGAAGCGCCGGAGCUCCAAACUCAGGAAGCCCCCUUGGCUUAGGAAGCGUUGGCCUUGAUGAUGGGACACAAGCACGCGACAGCCCCUCCAACCCCUCCUCCCCUCCCACCCCAAAACUUCUGUGACAUUUAAGAACGUCCUCCUGGUUAGAUGAACA